AUGGAAGAUUCUUACAAGGAUAGGACUUCACUGAUGAAGGGUGCCAAGGACAUCGCCCGAGAGGUGAAGAAACAAACAGUGAAGAAGGUGAAUCAGGCCGUGGACCGGGCCCAGGAUGAAUACACGCAGAGGUCCUACAGUCGGUUCCAAGAUGAAGAAGACGAUGACGCUUACCCACCAGGAGAGACCUAUGAUGGGGAGGCUAAUGAUGAUGAAGGCUCCAGUGAAGCUACUGAGGGUCAUGAUGAAGAUGAUGAAAUCUAUGAGGGGGAGUAUCAGGGCAUCCCCAGCAUGAACCAAGGGAAGGACAGCAUUGUGUCAGUGGGGCAGCCCAAAGGGGAUGUGCACAAGGAUCGGCAGGAGCUGGAGUCAGAGAGGAAAGCUGAGGAGGAGGAGCUAGCCCAGCAGUAUGAGCUAAUAAUCCAAGAGUGUGGUCACGGGCGUUUCCAGUGGGCCCUUUUCUUUGUCCUGGGCAUGGCCCUUAUGGCGGAUGGUGUGGAGGUGUUUGUUGUUGGCUUCGUGUUGCCCAGCGCUGAGACAGACCUGUGCAUUCCAAAUUCAGGAUCCGGAUGGCUAGGCAGCAUAGUGUACCUGGGGAUGAUGGCAGGGGCUUUCUUCUGGGGAGGACUGGCGGACAAAAUAGGAAGAAAGCAGUCUCUUCUGAUUUGCAUGUCUAUCAACGGAUUCUUCGCCUUCCUCUCUUCGUUUGUCCAAGGUUAUGGGUUCUUUCUCUUCUGUCGUUUACUUUCUGGAUUCGGGAUCGGGGGAGCCAUUCCCACUGUGUUCCCCUACUUUGCUGAAGUGCUGGCCCGAGAGAAGCGUGGUGAGCAUCUGAGCUGGCUCUGCAUGUUCUGGAUGAUUGGUGGCAUCUACGCCUCUGCCAUGGCCUGGGCCAUCAUCCCGCAUUACGGGUGGAGCUUCAGCAUGGGGUCAGCUUACCAGUUUCACAGCUGGCGUGUGUUUGUGAUAGUCUGUGCACUCCCCUGUGUCUCCUCAGUGGUGGCCCUCACGUUCAUGCCUGAAAGCCCGCGGUUCUUGUUGGAGGUUGGAAAACAUGAUGAAGCGUGGAUGAUCCUUAAGUUAAUUCAUGACACAAACAUGAGAGCACGGGGUCAGCCUGAGAAAGUCUUCUCGGUAAACAGAAUCAAAACCCCAAAACAAAUAGAUGAACUGAUUGAAAUUGAGAGUGACACAGGAACAUGGUACAGGAGAUGUUUUGUUCGGAUCCGCACAGAACUCUAUGGAAUUUGGUUGACUUUCAUGAGAUGUUUCAACUACCCCGUCAGGGAAAAUACAAUAAAGCUUACAAUUGUUUGGUUCACCCUGUCCUUCGGGUACUAUGGCUUAUCUGUGUGGUUCCCUGAUGUCAUUAAACAUCUGCAGUCGAAUGUGUUGCCAAUUCAAAAGAUAGAGAGAGAGAAAAUUUCAAACUUCAGUGUUAACUUUACAAUGGCAAAUCAGCUUCACCUUGGAGCGGAAUACGAGAAUGGCAGAUUUCUAGGGAUGAAGUUCAAAUCGAUAACUUUCAAAGAUUCAGUUUUUAAGGCCUGUACCUUUGAGGAUGUGACUUCAGUCAACACCUACUUCAAGAACUGCACAUUUGUUAACACCAUUUUUGACAACACAGAUUUUGAGCCAUAUAAAUUCAUUGAUAGCGAAUUUCAAAACUGCUCAUUUUAUCACAACAAGACGGGAUGCCAGAUUACCUUUGAUGAUGACUAUAGUGCCUAUUGGAUUUAUUUUGUCAACUUCCUGGGGACAUUGGCAGUGUUGCCAGGGAACAUUGUGUCUGCUCUGCUGAUGGACAGAAUUGGGCGCUUAACGAUGCUAGGUGGCUCCAUGGUGCUUUCGGGGAUCAGCUGCUUCUUCCUGUGGCUAGGCAGCAGUGAAUCCAUGAUGGUAGGCGUGCUGUGUCUGUAUAACGGAUUGACUAUCUCGGCCUGGAACUCUCUUGAUGUGGUCACUGUGGAGCUGUACCCCACAGACCGGAGGGCGACAGGCUUCGGCUUCUUGAACGCCCUGUGCAAAGCAGCGGCCGUGCUCGGGAACUUGAUAUUCGGCUCCCUGGUCAGCUUCACCAAGUCGAUCCCCAUCCUGCUGGCGUCCACUGUGCUCGUGUGUGGAGGACUCGUGGGCUUGCGCCUGCCGGACACACGAACCCAGGUCCUGAUGUAAGGGGAGCAAGCCGCCCGCAGGCGUCUGUCUCCUGCCCUGCUCGACACUCCGGACUGACCCAAGGCUUCAGAUUUUUUCAGAUCUCAAAAGGUGGAAAAUACCAGAACACUAACUCUUGCUGCGACUAAGAUGUAGAUGCCAGGCCCCCCACUUAGGUGUGAUUGCGGCAUUUUCCCUGCAUCCUCACCCGCCCUGGGCCGCUUGGGCUCCGGCUCCGCAGUCUGAGGAGCGGCUCUGCGGCGUCCUGCUGGGCCAGGCUGCCUACGGCUGUGCUCACCGGGUGCUCCGGGGAGCUCGCGGGGUGCUCACGGGGUGCUUCAGGGUGCUCCGGGGAGCUGGUGGGUUGCUCAGGGGUGCUCCGGGGAGCUCGCGGGGUGCUCCGGGGUGCUCUUGGGGUGCUCCGGGGUGCUCAUGGGGUGCUCUCGGGGUACUGCGGGGUGCUCAGGGGCGCGGGGGGCGGCCUGCUUCUGACCCACGGGGGCAUGUUACUGCAUCUGUGCCGGGACGGGAUUCUUUUUUCUUUUUUUUUUUUUUCUUUGAAACAGUGAUAUUUCCUUUUUACUUAGAAAAGGACGCCCAGCAAUCCUCGCCCUUACCGCAGGACCUUUCAGAGGCACCGGUGCGGCGCGGGGGGGUG